AGACGGGGCAGUUUCGUCCAGCAGACUGUCCAGAGAGAGAGUAGGGCGGGCCGUUCGCUCUUCGCCGAUAGCAGCGAAGAACCUCUGCCUGGCUACAUAGCGACCAACGUCGGUCAGUCAGCACGUUGUGCUUUGUGCUCUGUGUGUGUGUGUGUGUGAGAGAGAGAGAGAGAGAGAGAGAGAGAGAGAGAGAGAGAGAGAGAGAGAGCUGGAGGGGCCAAAGAAGUUAACGACAGGAGAGGAGAGCAAAGGGAGGACUGGAGGGGGGAAACAAGAUCCGCUAAGGGGUUGAAACUGAAAAAAAGAACAAUUUACAAGAGGGAGAGGAGAGGAGCGGAGAGGAGAACAGAGGGGAGGAGAGGAAGCCAGAGAGGAGGGAGAUACCAGGAGGGAGUAUCUGCGAUUCACCAUGGCCCAGGCUUCGGUAUGCAUGAGAUCCAUUCUACUGGAUCAGUCCACCACCUCCACACACUUCUCUCUCCUAACGACAGGCCAACACGCACAACACCCAAGAUUGCACACAUUGGCGCACGCGCUUUCAGUCGAAGGGAGGCGCAGUGCUUCGUCGGAGUCCUUCGCUCAGCGAUCGCCAGAGCGUGAGUUCGAGUCCAGAGCCAAUCAUCUUUCUUCCCUCGGGUUUGAGCGCCAAAGCCGAAACAGCUGUCGGCUUACUUCGCCUCGGCACUUCCCUGCUGGCCGCCGAGCGCGCGCUCGGCGCAGCGGCUAUCUUGAGAAGAAGCAGCACGGGGGAGGCGACGACGAGGCGCCUGUUCAAUCAAGUCUCUCCUUGAGUACUCCAAUUCCAAUCAAGAGGUCAAGGUCAACACUAAUUACCUCGUGUGCUGCUGCUGACUCAUCGUCAUCCACUGGAACGGCGGGGUGGCCAACGCCGGGAUCCCCUGCCCCCGGCGAUGGAUGGCCCAAGGUUCCGCCCGUGGGGCAGACUCCGCUCAUAAUACCUAUGAGGGAAGAAUGGGCGCCGCGUGACGUGGCAUCGAAGGCCAUGAUGGCUUUCAAGAAAGGAUUGGAGAAGAAGGACUGGAAGGAGUACCUGGACAUGAUGACCGAUGACGUGGAGUUAUGGGUGCCCGUGGAGGGCUUCCUGGGAAAGCCCAACAAGGGGAAAGAAGCCAUGAAGACGUUCUUCGACCUUGCCGACAGAACGUUCUCGGAUCUGAAGAUGGAGAUCGCGAACAGAAGCUUUUCUCUGGCGCUGCUUUCAACGGUCACAGAUAAUUCCAAAGCUAAUACGACGAAGACGACGAGUAAAAGCGCUUCAAGGUCGACACCGUCGUCAAAUGCCGGCGGCGAUGAUGACAAGGGCGAUGGCGGCGGCGAUGGCGAGGGGCACGAAACGGAGAAGGUAGUGAAGGGGACCGCAAUGUUUGAGAUCAGGACGUCUGGAAAUUUUGCAAAUGGGCUCAAGUACGGCAAUCGGAUUGUCGUCGUGGUGGACGUUCGAGGGAACCAGAUCACGGCGCACAGAGAGUACUUCGGCUUGCGCUGACGUCGCACAGGAACAACGUUUCCGUCGAUGUCGCACACGAAUAUAUCGUGCGUUUUUUUCGGGGUGGGGGGGGCGGGAAGGGGGUCGCUUGUCGCACACGACUGAACGUGUCUUUUUUUUUUUUUUUUUUUUUUUUUUYUUUUGGUUGCUGCCGCACAGUAAUCGCGGGGAAGCAAGAUCUCUCUCUGCUCGGGGAAAGAAUUUAUGUCGUCGAGCCGGCGGAGUAAUGCCUCCUCCGUUAUUGUCGCACAGAAAUUAGUAUGUGUUUUUUGCUUGCCGCACAGAUAUAGAACGCCUUUUUGGUGCCGCACAGAUAUAGAACGCCUUUUUCUUGCCGCACAGGACGAAACGGGUUUGUCUGGCCGCACGGGAAGGGCUUUUUUUUUUUUUUUUUUUCAAUCACAUUCUCUUGUCGCACAGGAAUAACGUUUUCCUGUCGCUCAAGUACGACUUUUGCAUUGAUGUCGCACAGGAAUAACGUUUUCUUGUCGCACAAGAACAACGUUUCUUUUCUUGCGUACAGUAGUCGUCCCUAUUUAAUACGGGUAGGGAGGAUCUCUGCCCAUAGAACGAGGGGGUACUCACACUAGUUAUAUGUUAAAUGUAUCUGAUCGAAUUUACGGCCGCACCCGGAUACAUUUGACCGCAAUUACAUUCAUAGUUAAGUAAGAAGGCCCUAGUGUGAGUAUGCCCAGCGAGUAUAGACACAGCGUCUUUUCCCUUGUCACCCAGCUUCAACGUUUUUGUUUUCUCUAUCGCACAGGAACAACGUUUUCUUUUCUUUUUUCUUUUUUUUUUUUUUUCCCUUUUUUGGGGGGGGGGGAAACAUUUUCUUUAUGUUUCUCUGUUUAACUUUUAAAUCAGGAAUUUAGCUUAUUAAUUACCAGACAAAAAGGAGGACACCCGGCAUUCCUCCACAUCUCAACCCAGUUAUGGGACCAUUACCCAGCUUAGGUACAGGCGUUGGGAAUUUUAGUCCAGUCGCAGAAUGGCCAAAUCCGGAGCGCUACGCUGACUC